CCUUAGCCAGGGUGAGUGAGUACCGGUGACACGGGAGUGACGACAACUCGGCCAGGGACGCGCCCCGGGCUCCUGUGGCGCGUGGGUCGGUCGCCCGUGUCCUCUACGCAGCGUUGAGCGUCCGCAGCUUCCCGCACCCAGUGGGCCCGCCUCCGGGGCGGGACGGGGCGGCUCCCGGUUGGGCAGCCCCUCCCCGCUGACCCGGCUUCUCCCCCUCGCUCGCUCCUGCCCCGGCGUGCAGGGCCCUGCCGCCGCCAUGUCCGGCCCGUUCGAGCUCUCGGUGCAAGAUCUCAACGACCUGCUCUCGGACGGCAGCGGCUGCUACAGCCUCCCGAGCCAGCCCUGCAACGAGGUCAUCCCGAGGGUCUACGUGGGCAACGCGUCUGUGGCCCAGGACAUCGUCCAGCUGCAGAAAUUGGGCAUCACCCAUGUCUUGAAUGCCGCCGAGGGCAGGUCCUUCAUGCACGUCAACACCAGUGCUAGCUUCUACAAGGAUUCUGGCAUCACCUACUUGGGCAUCAAGGCCAAUGAUACACAGGAGUUCAACCUUAGUGCUUACUUUGAAAGGGCCGCAGACUUCAUUGACCAGGCCCUGGCCCAUAGCAAUGGCCGGGUGCUUGUCCAUUGCCGUGAGGGCUACAGCCGCUCCCCAACGCUAGUCAUCGCCUACCUCAUGAUGCGGCAGAAGAUGGAUGUCAAGUCUGCGCUGAGUACUGUGAGGCAGAAUCGUGAGAUUGGCCCCAAUGAUGGUUUCCUGGCCCAACUCUGCCAGCUCAAUGACAGACUAGCCAAGGAGGGCAAGGAUCCCUGGAACUAACUCGCUGGACAGAAGCAAGACUUGAUGGCACCAUCGAAACGGAUCCCCCUUUUAUUGGAGAGGGAGAGAAAAGAAGGAAACAGCCUUUUAAAGAACGUUUUCUAAGGAUGGUUUUUGAAACGCGCUAGACCUCGUGUGUGUGCACAUUUGCCAGAGAUUGAACACAAUCUUCUUGGGACUUCGUGUUCUCAUUAUUUGUAUGUCUCCAGGGUCACACAGAGCAGGGAGGUGGCUGUCAGCCGCCACCCCAGCACCUGGCACAUCGUCGUCUCAUAAAAGCUUGUUUUAUGAGAACCGGAGCUGUUUGAGUACCCCGUGUAUGUAGGCAGUCAUCGUCCUGGGGCACCCGGAUCCCAGCAGCCUGGUUGCCUGCCUGUCCUGUAAACUCUUAGAGGAGUUUGCAGAGAAAUCUUCCUUGGAGGGAAAGAAAUAUCAGGGAUUUUUGUUGAAUGUUUGAAAUUCAGCUUUUAGUGUAAGACUCGGCAGUGUUCGUGGUUAAGGUGAGGGAUGUGCCUUCUUCAGAGCUCCUGAGGAGCAUCUGGCAAGAGCCAGGAGAAGCAGACCUGUCCUAGGGUGUCACUCCCAGGGUACAGACCUCUGAUCACAGCAGGAACAAAGCUGUGCAGCCUGGAUGGUCAUUGUCCCCUAUUCUGUGUGACCACAGCAGCCCUGGACACGUGGGGCAGGUCAUCUUUUUUUUUUCCCUCAGAAUGUAAUGGCAGUAGCCAAAUUGUGUACCCCAGUCUGUAGUUUUCAAGUGGCUUUCUUGCUUAAUACAGCUUACAUUUCAAAAUAACCCUGUUAGGUUGACAGAACUUACUCAUGUGUUAUGAGACGGAAAGAGAGAGGAAAAGGCAAAACAAAACAAAACAUCUGGCUAGCCGGGCAUGGUUGCACUCUGUCUAUAGGCCCAGUUUAAGGGAGGCAGAGACAGGAAGACCACUCAAAGGUCAGGAUAGCAUGGUCUACAUAUUGAGGCUCCAGCCAGGGCUACCAUCCCAAGAUCUUGGGUUUUGGUUUUUGGUUUAUGGUUUUUGAGAUAGGGUCUUUCUGUGUAGCCUUGGCUGCCCUAGAACUCGUUCUGUAGACCAGGCUGGCCUCAGACUUAGAGAUCUGCCUGCCUCUGCCUCUGAGGGCUGGGACUAAAGGUGUGUGCCAUCACUGCCCAGCUAAGAUCCUAUUUUUAAAAAACAAAAAAUUAUUCAAGAUAAUUAAGAGUUGCCAGCUCUUUGAAGCUAAGUAAGCAGAAAUAGUUUCAGCUUGAGGAAGCUGGGCUGUUGUCUUGGACCUGAAACCAGUCCCCAGCAAUGUCCGAGUGCCCUGCACAUAACUUUGAGCCAUCUCCAGAGAAGGAAGUGAAAAUUAUGGGUCCUCAGUCAGUUAAGACACAGCCUCUUUGUCCGGGUAACGCAUGAUGACAUGUGGUGUUGAACUCUCCACUCUGAGGCUGGACUCCCCUCCCCCUGCCUCAUCUGGGUGACUACCCCAUAGGACAGCCGUAGGACAGUCACUAGCACCUCUCAGAGGCCUCUUUGUGGGAACAUGAAGAAAAGAGCCUUUGGGAGAUUCCUGGCUUUCCUUUUGGGCUGUUUGCUGAAAGUUCAGCGUUUCUUGGUUGGCUUUACCUUGUGUUUAUAAGAUUAGCUACUAUUCUUCAGGUAAAAUACCCAUGUUGUGGUAAAGUCAACCGCAUGCCUGCCCGUGAGUAGGGGGGUGGGGUAGGGAAUCCUGGAUAGUGUUCUAUCCCUGGAAAGUGAUGGAAUAGGAAUUCAAGGUGUCCCUUCCUCUUCCUCAGACCUGGUCACUUUCUGUGACUCAUAAAAACCCAGGUAAAAAUGACCAUAUAAAAAUGGUUUCUCUUCUCAAUCUUAAAGUCUGUCUGCCCUUUCCAGAGGUAGGUCUGUGUCCUUGCCGUUCCAUUGUCUUGAGAGCACAGACUAACACUUACCAAAUGAGGGAACUCUUUUGGCCCACACUAAGGCUCUUUUGGGCUCCAGCACUCUAAGUUGUUUUAAUAAUCCUCACUUGGCCUUUAGCACCCCCAGGGAAGUGGGCGUGGAUAAUGCCAUGGCCAGCAGGGGGCACUGUUGAGGUUGGUGCCUUUUUAGCCACAGGUUCACAUGAAGUUUCUCAUAGUAUUUAAGAUGCUAAAUGUUUUAAUCAAAAUAAGCACUGAUCUUAACUAUGAAGAUAAGAGAUUUUCUCACAGGAAAUUUUCUUUUUCAUAAUUCUUUAACAGACUUUAUCCUGAUCGUAGAGAGAAGGAUGAUUGGAUAUUUAACUUGUGUUUCUCUUUCCUCUGCCAGCUGUUAGAAUAACUUGUAGAAAGUGACUGUGGACAGAAGAGGUUCAGGGGGAAGGGGAUGGUGGAGUGAUGCAGAACACUGUCACCUGCCUAGCAUGGGGAGCCCUGAGUUCAAUUCCUGCCACUGGGGAGGAAAAGAAAUGUUUAACAUCUAUUGUCUCACCAGUGUUAAUGCACUAUAAAAUUGUAACCAAAAUAAAUGUCUUAACU